GGCUGCGCGGAGAGCGGAGACACAGGCUCAAGAUGGCAGAUUCCGACUGAGGCUGGGGGGGCCGAGCUCGCGCGCCGCGUUCCCUUCUCCGUUGCCAUGAAUCGCGGACACCCCGGCCCCGAUGGCCCCCGUGUACGAAGGUAUGGCCUCACAUGUGCAAGUUUUCUCCCCUCACACCCUUCAAUCAAGUGCCUUCUGUAGCGUGAAGAAACUGAAAGUAGAGCCGAGUUCCAACUGGGACAUGACCGGGUACGGCUCCCACAGCAAAGUGUAUGGCCAGAACAAGAACGCGCCACCAUCCCAGCCAGCCGCCACGACCGUCAGCGCCUCCCUGCCCAUCCCAAACCCCAGCCUACCGUACGAGCAGACCAUCAUCUUCCCAGGAAGCACCGGGCACAUCGUCGUGACAUCAGCAGGUAGCACUUCCGUCACCGGGCCAGUCCUCGGCGGACCGCACAACCUCAUGCGUCGCAGCACUGUGAGCCUUCUUGAUACCUACCAAAAAUGCGGACUCAAGCGGAAGAGUGAGGAGAUCGAGAACACGAGCAGCGUGCAGAUCAUCGAAGAGCAUCCACCCAUGAUUCCGAAUAACGCGAGUGGGGCCACUGUAGCCACUGCCACCACCUCGACUGCCACUUCCAAAAACAGUGGCUCCAACAGCGAGGGGGAUUAUCAGCUGGUCCAGCAUGAGGUGCUGUGCUCCAUGACCAACACUUACGAGGUCUUAGAGUUCCUGGGCCGAGGGACGUUUGGGCAAGUGGUCAAGUGCUGGAAACGGGGUACCAAUGAGAUUGUGGCCAUCAAGAUCCUGAAGAACCACCCGUCAUACGCCCGCCAAGGUCAGAUCGAAGUGAGCAUCCUGGCCCGCCUGAGCACAGAGAGCGCCGACGACUUCAACUUCGUCCGUGCCUACGAGUGCUUCCAGCACAAGAAUCACACGUGCUUGGUCUUUGAGAUGCUGGAGCAGAACCUCUAUGACUUUCUGAAGCAGAACAAGUUCAGCCCCUUGCCCCUCAAAUACAUUCGCCCGGUCCUCCAGCAGGUUGCCACAGCCCUGAUGAAGCUAAAAAGCCUAGGUCUCAUCCAUGCGGACCUCAAACCAGAAAACAUCAUGCUGGUGGAUCCAUCUAGACAACCGUACAGAGUCAAGGUCAUCGACUUUGGUUCAGCCAGUCACGUGUCCAAGGCUGUGUGCUCCACCUACUUGCAGUCCAGGUAUUACAGGGCCCCUGAGAUCAUCCUUGGUUUACCAUUUUGUGAAGCAAUUGAUAUGUGGUCCCUGGGCUGCGUCAUUGCAGAGCUCUUCCUGGGCUGGCCACUGUAUCCAGGAGCUUCAGAGUACGACCAGAUUCGGUAUAUUUCACAAACACAGGGUUUGCCAGCAGAAUAUUUAUUAAGCGCAGGAACAAAGACAACUAGGUUUUUCAACCGUGACACAGACUCGCCAUAUCCUCUGUGGAGGCUGAAGACACCAGAUGACCAUGAAGCAGAGACGGGGAUUAAGUCAAAAGAAGCAAGGAAGUACAUUUUCAACUGUUUAGAUGAUAUGGCCCAGGUGAACAUGACGACAGAUUUGGAAGGGAGUGACAUGUUGGUGGAAAAGGCGGACCGGCGGGAGUUCAUCGACCUGUUGAAGAAGAUGCUGACCAUAGACGCUGAUAAGAGAAUCACUCCGAUCGAGACCCUGAACCACCCCUUUGUCACCAUGACACACUUACUCGACUUUCCCCACAGCACACACGUCAAAUCAUGUUUCCAGAACAUGGAGAUCUGCAAGCGUCGGGUGAACAUGUACGACACGGUAAACCAGAGCAAAACCCCUUUCAUCACACACGUGGCCCCCAGCACAUCCACCAACCUGACCAUGACCUUCAACAACCAGCUGAACACCGUCCACAACCAGGCUCCCACCUCCACCAGUGCCACUCUUUCCUUAGCCAAUCCUGAAGUCUCCAUACUAAACUACCAAUCUGCACUCUACCAGCCCUCAGCGGCAUCCAUGGCUGCGGUGGCCCAGCGGAGCAUGCCCCUGCAGACGGGAGCGGCCCAGAUCUGUGCCCGGCCCGACCCCUUCCAGCAAGCGCUCAUCGUGUGUCCACCCGGCUUCCAAGGAUUGCAGGCCUCUCCCUCUAAGCAUGCUGGCUACUCUGUGAGAAUGGAAAACGCGGUUCCCAUCGUCACUCAAGCCCCAGGAGCUCAGCCUCUUCAGAUCCAACCAGGUCUGCUUGCCCAGCAGGCCUGGCCAAGUGGGACCCAGCAGAUCCUGCUUCCCCCGGCGUGGCAGCAGCUGACUGGGGUGGCCACGCACACGUCGGUGCAGCACGCGACUGUGAUUCCCGAGACCAUGGCCGGCACCCAGCAGUUGGCGGACUGGAGGAACACGCAUGCUCACGGCAGCCAUUACAAUCCCAUCAUGCAGCAGCCGGCGCUAUUGACUGGUCAUGUGACCCUUCCAGCAGCUCAACCCUUAAAUGUGGGUGUGGCCCACGUGAUGCGGCAGCAACCUACCAGCACCACUUCCUCCCGGAAGAGUAAGCAGCACCAGUCCUCUGCGAGAAACGUCUCCACCUGUGAGGUGUCCUCCUCUCAGGCCGUCAGCUCCCCGCAGCGGUCCAAGCGUGUCAAGGAGAACACGCCUCCGCGCUGCGCCCUGGUGCACAGCAGCCCGGCCUGCAGCUCCUCCGUCACGUGCGGCUGGGGCGACGGGGCCUCCAGCACCACCAGGGAGCGGCAGCGGCAGACGAUAGUCAUUCCUGACACCCCCAGCCCCACGGUCAGCGUCAUCACCAUCAGCAGCGACACGGAUGAAGAGGAGGAGCAGAAGCAUGCCCCCGCCAGCCCUGUGUCCAAGCAGAGAAAAAACGUCAUCAGCUGUGUCACGGUCCACGACUCUCCCUACUCCGAUUCCUCUAGCAUCACCAGCCCCUACGCCGUGCAGCACCGCUCCGGGCACAGCGCCGCCACCUUCGACACCAAGGGGAACCUGGAGUCGCACUGCACCGGGAACCCCCGGACCAUCAUCGUGCCGCCCCUGAAAACCCAGGCCAGCGAGGCGCUGGUGGAGUGUGACAGCCUGGGGCCAGUCACCACCAGUCACCACUCGUCCUCCUACAAGUCCAAGUCCUCCAGCAACGUGACCUCCACCAGCGGUCUCUCUUCAGGGAGCUCAUCUGGAGCCACUGCCUACCGGCAGCAGCGACCUCUCAAUCUCAGCCAGGCUCAGCAGCACAUCACCGCAGAUCGCACGGGGAGCCACCGACGGCAGCAGGCCUACAUCACCCCCACGAUGGCCCAGGCGCCAUACUCCUUCCCACACAACAGCCCCAGCCACGGCACCGUGCACCCGCACCUGGCCGCCGCCGCCCACCUCCCCACCCAGCCCCACCUCUACACCUACACGGCGCCUGCCGCCCUGGGCUCCACUGGCACCGUGGCCCACCUGGUGGCCUCCCAAGGCUCGGCGCGUCACACCGUGCAGCACGCCGCCUACCCAGCCAGCAUCGUCCACCAGGUCCCCGUGAGCAUGGGCCCCCGGGUCCUGCCUUCGCCCACCAUCCACCCGAGUCAGUAUCCAGCCCAGUUCGCCCACCAGACCUACAUCAGCGCCUCUCCAGCCUCCACCGUCUACACUGGAUACCCACUGAGCCCCGCCAAGGUCAACCAGUACCCUUACAUAUAAACACUGGAAGGGGAGGGGAGGGGAGGGAGGAUGGCCAGAGGGUAGGAGAGAAAGGAGGAGGGACGAGGGGGGAGCUGGGCUUUUUAUACUGAAGGUGCCGCACAGAAACAAUGCAAACGGGGCAGGGGAGGGGAGCAGGGGGCAGGGACGGGACACAAAUGAAACUUGAACUAGGAAGUAGGAGGACUGAGAGCGGAGAAGAGAACAUUUUAAAAAGGAAGGGAUUUAAGGAGGGGGGGAAAUCUAUGCUUUUUAUUUUAAAAAAGAAAAAGAAAAAAAAAGAAAACGUCAGUAACAAAAAACCACAGCUCACGAACCCAUUCUGCACCAGACUGGAAAGGAGAAGAAGAGAGCCACGGAAGAUUCCAGAAAUUGGGGGGGGAGGGGGGGCCGCCCAGUGUUUGAAGAACUUUAUGAAUUUUUCAAAGAUUAUUUUCAUAUGGCAGCAAGUGGCGUUUAAGAAUUUGCUGUCAGGGACACCUGAUACGAGUUUUAAUCUAUUGGAUUAAAAAUCCAAUAGAUUUUUAAUGAUUGAACGUAAGAAUUAGGGAUUUUUCCAGAACUCUGAAGUGUCAGCAACCGUCUAGAAAGGUCAGGCCGUGGCCGGAGGAGGCUGGUAUCUGGGGGCGGGUCCGGGGCUGGGGAAGCCCCGAUCUGGCCCACUUGCUGGGAGCAAUGGGGGCAGCCGGGCUGAAGGAGGACCCCUGGGAGAGGAGGGCGCGUUUUCUCUUUCUGAACACUCUGGAUAAAUCCCUAAGCAAUGAUAUUCCUCAAAUGUCAUUAAUGAUUUUUUUUCUUUUCUGAAGAUUUCUUUUCUUUUUGAGUCCAUCCCUCGUCACGUAGCGUAGGGCCCGCGGCGUCGCCGACACCCUGGUAGAUGUCGCAGUCUGCACCUGUCUGUGCUACUUUGUGUUCACCCCCAACGAUACCAAGAGACUUCCUCAAUGUAAUUGCACAAGAAGAGCGAUCUCACCUAGGCACGUGACCCGCGCCGUGGUCCAGGUGCACGCGCGGGUGCCCGCGGUGCCGCGCUCCUGUCCCCGGCACCGCCGCCGGCUCUCGCAGACUUGGUUUUACAUCUUUCCCUCCUAGUGCCUUAGCGACCGGGGACGCGGUUGAGGGUUUACUUCCACGGUACUCCAAGAAGCCGGCUGAGGCGAGUCACAUCAUCUCAGCCCUUCUUCUGUGCUGUUGCAACAUUUUACUCUGGUCUUUCCUCUUUUUUUUUUUUUUUGUUUGUUUGUUUAAUUUCUAUUUUAUUUUAAUAUCUGUUGUCUUUCCUGGACUGUUUGCUAGCAGAGGGGUGUCAGGCAGCUGGCAGGGUCUAGGUGAGCCCGUGGAUCUGGAGAGAGAUGUGCGAGAUGGAUGGUGGUGGGUGAAUCUGACGAUGGUGAUGGCUUUGGAUGACUUUUACUUUGGAGACAGAGCAAGAGAGACUCCCCACCCUGUACCCUCACCCAGUUCUGCCCCCAGGGUUGGGAGGGCAGGGGCUCUGCCAUUCGUUGGGACCGCAGGUCCCAUCUCUGUUUUAGGAAUGUUGGCCUUGCCGGGCAGCCGCCUUCAGCCUCCAGUCCUGGCACAGCCUCCCUGUUGCUGUCCGCGGGAUGGAGAGGAGGCCUGGUAGCGGGCCCAGCCCCGUGUUCUCAGACUCGCGCCCCCCCCACCCCGCCCCGCUUCACUCUCGCAGCCCUGCCCCCUCUCCUCUGGUUCCACCAGCUGUGUUUUGCUCUCACCGUUUUGCCGGGUCCUUCCCCCUGUAGACAGCCAUCAGCCGUCGUUUGCUGCUGAAUCGUUCCUCGAGUUACCCAGGCCUACGCAAGGAACGCCUUCGUUUUUUGUUUUUGAGGAGUCUGGUGGGCAGAGGCUGGAGGGACAUUUAUGAGGGUAACCAUGUAGUCCUGUACUGCACUUUGGAAAACACUCCCACGGGCAGUUCAGUUUCCAAGGAAAUUUGCCCUUUGCCCUCUUUGCACCUUUGACACAUUCUGAAAUUUUUCUCAGGCUUUGAACACUGGUGGGGGUGAGGGCAGAGGGGUCACUCUGUCCAUAGCAAAUUAUUCUUAAAAUACGUGAAUGUUGGGAAACGCUGUCUGGUCAUCAGUGGGACUUGAAAGCGUGGCCCUAAUUGUUUGAUUCUUGAUGCCGAGUGCUUACCUGACCCCAAAGCCAAGUUUCCAGGGUGCGGAGAGAUGGCUCUCAGUUUCGGACAGAAGUCCGUCCUCACCCUCCCUCACUUUCUGUCCUCAUCCUGUGGUCUCCCUUUACGAUCGAUCUACUGUGAAAGGUGUUUUUAUCAUGAUAUCUGACCUAAUUCAGUAACGAAGCCAAGCCCUUACCUUAGCUCUUAGCUGUGAAAUGUGAAAUAACUCUGGAAAUUUCCCCUCUCCAAGCAUAAAUGCUACUUAUCCUACAAAGAAAUCGGUCCCCAGAUUGGAACCAGCCUAGUCCCAGCCUUAGGCCGGAAGGAAGGAAGGACACCAUGUCCCACUCGAGGCAGGGCAGGCUCGGGCAGAGCCCCAGGUACCCAGCGGGCCCGCCGGGGAGCCAUUGGCAACAGGACAAGAUUCUGUCCUCGUGGUGCCACGAUCAAUACGUCUUUAUCCGGACAUGGGGAAGUGCCGUCAUUCUGAGACGACAGAAACAUGGCCUGUCCAGAGAGAGUGAGGGGAGGAAAGUCUUUGGAGGACAUGUGAGCCAGAGUGCUCCCAGAGCCGCGCCAGCCUGGGGAACCAUCUCUGUUCUGGACUCUUGGCAUCCGGAGGGCAGCAGUGCCCCGUCCGAUCUUCCUGCGCCCAGUUACAGAAGUCUUGGCUGCAGUGAGCCAGCAUUUUUGCCUUAUUGGGUAGCAUCCUGGACCCCCUUGUACAGUUCACUUCCAGCCCUUUCUAGAUCUGAUCUUUUAUAGGAAAAGACAACAUAGCCUUCCAUUUUAAAGAAAAUUAUUUUGUCUACUUAAGUUGGAAGUUGCUCUUUCACCUGAUAUUUUCUUUCCUUUUCUUCCAGAUCAGGAAUGAAAGUUUCGUGCUGCUCAUAAAGAUAUUAUUGUACUAAUUAUUUUGGUUAUUAUCAUAAUCAUCAUUUUGAUGCUUUAGUUGGGGUUUUAAAAUGCACAUUUAUUCCACGUAUCUUUGUGUUUUCUCUUUAAUAUUUAAGUUUAUUUUAUUAUAUCUGUGAGUAUCUGAGUAAACAGGAGGGACAUGCAGAUGUCUAGUUUUGUCAGACCAAAAAGAAGGAAAGGAAAGAUCCAGGAAUUAGGAAAAUGUCAAGAAAUAUCCACCACAGAACAAAAGUUUGAAGAAUCAAAGCCUUUAUCUCUAUACAGGUCAGAUUGGGCUCUGGACAACAUGGUCCAUGGUCACCAUCAAUGCUGUAUUCUUCUAGAUUCUCAGUGGCCUGAGAGGAGAUCUGAGGAGGCAUCUCAUGGGCUGAACCCUUAGCCGUGGUCCUCUCCCAUGUUCCCUGUGCUUCUGAAACCUGCUAAGUAGAUCCUGGGCAUGCCUCGUGUCUGAUACUGACCUGUCAAGCAAAAAAAAAAAAAACUCUGCCCAGAGCUGACUCAGCCCCUUUCCCAAAUGUCCCCCCCUUUUCCCAUCAGCACACCAGGAGUAUGGCUUACAUCCUUCGGUGCAGAGAUAACUGACCCCUCCUAGAAGCCACUGGAGGUAAACAAGCUGAUGGAAAGUGCUAGGCAGGUGGUACCUUCCCCUGGGAAACGUCAGCCUCCCUUCCUCUCACUAACCACACUGCCCACUUCUUCAGUGCCCCCCGAACCCCGGUACAUGUUCUCAGCACACAAUUGUAGGGACAAACUAUGGAGCCAAAAAAAAGGUGGAGGGUUAAUAGGAGGCCAGAGGAACACUGACAAAAGUCCAGCAGCUCCUUGGACAUUGCAGGCUGCUGCCCCCCUGAAAUAGUUGGCCGACGGAGGGGCACAGUGGGGCCUCGAGCCAGGCCCACGGGGCUCCGACUGUGCCCCUUAGGGCACGGUGCUGUGUGCCGUGGACUUUUUAAAUCAGCUUGAGGUGCCUACACGCGACCCACCAAACCCAGAAACUGCCGGGCCCCGGGUGGGUAAAGGAAGGUCUGGAAUGGCUGGCUUCACUGAAGCUAAUGAAGGGAGACACCAGGCCAUGCCCAGCCCAGAGCCGCUCAGCAAACAUUAGCGCCCUCCCCGAGUCGCUAUCUGCCUUCCUUUUCCAGCCGAGCACAGAGCUGUGGUUCCGAAGCCCCAGGAGAAGACCCCAGUGGGAGAGGCCAGCCCCUGCGUGGGCUUCCUCAGCAUCUGCCCCAGCUCCCAUCCUGCCCUCCAGCUCCGAGUCGCCCUGGCCAAUAGGAUGAAUAAAAGGCUGCCGUCCCUAAGACCCAGCUCUCAUGUAGAGGAAUGCAGACCUAGUCCUUAUUUAGAUCACAAACAACUUAGAACAUCAUCUGCUGUGGAAUUGACUCCAUCUCUCUUUACUGAGGAAACGUGGUUAAGGCUAAAAGGGAAGGUUGAAAAGGACCGGGCAAGGAGAACCUCGUAACUGGAGCCUUAGGAACCGCAGGUUGAUUUGCUUCUGCUCGGUGGGGUCUCGCAGACCCCUCUGGGUAUUUGCACCCGUAUCUCUGCGCUUAGGGGCUCUUCCGUGAUGUUUUGGCUGUUUCCAAGGAGAGGGGUGAGCAGGCCGAUGGGUGCGAGAGUCUGAGGCUUGGUGCCGGUUAAUACUGUGAAGUGGAACAUGUGGUUGAUGGAGUGCAGAGGGAAGAGAAGGGUUGGGGUCAACCAGCGGUUGUCUCCUGGACUGUAUUUGCAUUCCGGCCUUACUGGCGGUGGGUGGCUGGCGGGCUGUGGGAGCCAGCUGGCCUUGUCCUCUUCACCCUGGAAGACUCAACCCGCCCAAACACCAGAUUGUGGGAUGUAAGGAAGGGAAGGUGAGAUCAGCCCAGCUGCUAACGGGCGGAUUUCCCUUGACCAGACCUUUGGUGUUGCAAACACUCAUUUUGGAACAAGCUUGCGGUGGAGGAUUUGGGUUGUGUGAGUGCGUGUGAGUGAGUGGAGCAGACUUUCUUGGAAACUGGAGGAAGGAUAUGAGGAGGCUUACGGAGCUAUUGCUGAUGGGCUGUGGUUGAUGAAACGCGGUGCGCCGACGGGCUCGCCCCAGCUUUCCUCCCGGGUUCUCUGGCGCUGGGGCGGGGUAGGAUGUGGGGCUCUCGCUGGCCUGUUCAGCAGCUGCUGGGACAGAACAGACAGAAGAGGAAAGCGAGGUGCCCCCAAGCAGCAGGGAGGGCGCAGCAGAGAGGCCGGGGCUCCUUCCGCAGGUCACGGGCUUCGCCGGGUGCCGCUCAACGCCAGCCCAAGCAAUUCUGCCAAGAAAUAUGCCAGCCAGGGCCAUGCAUGCUCCCCUCCCUUUUCUUCUCUGUCUUUUCCUUCUGGUGUGUCUUACAGAUUUCAGAUGGGGAAGCCUCAGAGUUGAGCAGGCCCGAGCUGUCCUAACCAAAUUGGAAAGGAAAGUGAAAGUCUUCCUUUCUUUAGCCAAAGAACCCUUCUCAAAGACACCCCAGAUAUGGACAGAGUGGCGUUCCUCUCCCGGCAAUAAUGACUUUGUCAGAGAUGCGAUCCCAUUUGUCUCUCUCUUUCGUCUCUAUCCUGACUUGGAAUUUUUUUUUUUUUUUUUUUUUGCUUUUAUUUUAAAACUGUGCUCAUCUUGUAAGAGGAGUGGAGGUUCGUAACCCUAAAUGCUGCUGCUGUUGGGAAACUGGAGGCACCGCACGGAUCUGUGGGCUUAACUAACCUCACGUUACCUCGGGCAUCAGCCAGAGCAGACCUUCUGCCAGGAGGUGCGGCCGCAUCAGGGUCCGGUGCACGCUGGGGCCGGACUCGGGGUGUCAGUGCUUUGCUGCCUUAGGACGCUCACUUCUGAUCUCCACAGACUGGACUCAGUGGAGAAGUGGAGACGGUGAAAUGACAUUUAAACGCAGUAGAAACCUUUUGGAGGCUUUCGGCGCCCUCGCUCACUAGAGUGACCCAACCUAGGAAAGGCUGCUCACAUCCUUCCUGCAGCUUCCAGAAGCCCAGGAGAGCCAGCUCCAAGCCAGUUCUUCCCUUGAGACCCAGUGAGAAUUUACAGAGAAGCGACCCUCCUGUGGGGCACGCUUGCUCUGGGUACCUCUACCAGCAGGGAGCUUCCUGGUGCCCCAGCUUGACUCCUGCAAGCCUUCGAGAGCCCCUAAUCACAGGCCCUUGCAUUAGAAUGCUAUGUUGACUGUCUCUUCUUGGUAAAACUUGUCACAUCCCUCCAGUGAAUAAGAGCCACCAUUUGCUGAGUGCUUUCAGUACUCCAGGCUCGUGCCAAGCCCUGUGUGAGCUCGUGGCGCCCUCAGAUCACGCCAUUUACAACACCCCCUCCCCCAUUUACAGAGGAAGGAGUUGAUGAGACAGCUGACCCUCUAAGAAAGCAGCAUGCGUUAAAGGAAAGAAAAUACCAUGGUGGCCCCAAAUCCCCAAGUUCCUAGUGAAGUUUUUUGUUAAUCAGACCUUUACUAAAAUACGAAUUGUUUCACUUCUUGAAUUAGCAUCAGUAAGUGGCCUCGUGUUUCUGAUGGACCAUCUAAUGAUGUUCCCAUUGAUUGUGUGCCAAACACUGUUCUGACAGUCGCUCACGUUUAUCCCAUGUCCUUCCGUCUUCAUAACGACCCUAUGAAAUCUGCAGUACUAAUCCCCUUACAGAUGAGGUAGCUGGCUUGGUGAGCUGGUAACCAGCCUAGGAUCACACAGCUAGUAGGGGAGCCUAGCCCUGAACGUGGGCCUGCCCAGCUCCAGAACCGAGCUCGCAGACACCAGCCUCGGCUGUCUUCUAGGUGUGUGAGCGAAGAAAGGUCUCGAAGGAACGUUGCCCCGUGCCACCCCUGCCCCAUGCGUGGAACUCAGCAGAAGGUCUGUGUGUAGAGAGAGUCCUGAAUUGGAUCCAAACAGCAGGGGCAGAAUUAGUUUGACUUUUAGAGAAAAUCUUAGGGGAGUUUCUUGAUUCAUAGUAGAGUUCAUUUUCUAUUCCUUUCCAGUGUACCAAUUAGCUUUAGUAGUGCUGCUACAACAAACUCUUAUAAGAGUGAAGAAAAAAAAAGUGUUCUUUUCUUUAAAAAAGAAAAUAAUUUUUUUUCUUGCUUAUAGUUAAUUCUAGAAAGGCAAUACUAAAGGUAUAUAUUUUUUUCAAAAUGCUAUUUUUUACUGCACUGAUAAAUAUGACAACUCUGGUCUCUGUAAUCGAUCCACUCUUCAGCUCUGGGUAGAACCAGAUGCGGGAUUCACACCAAAUUUGUAAAUACCGUAUGUGGGUCUGGUGUCCAGGAACUGUUUUCUUUGUGCUUAAAAAAAAAAAAAAAAAAAAAAAAAAGAAGAAGAA